UUGUUGCUGCGCCGCCACCGCCCGAGCCAUGGUCCAUGCUUCUCUCCGGCUCUUUUUAGCAGCAGCCGCCGCCGCCGCCGCCACCCUGUGAUCGCAGGCUUCACUUCCUCGCUCUCUCCUUCCUGCUGAGCCACUUGCCUCCUAGCGUUAUGACCGUCGUCUCCGUCCCGCAGCGGGAGCCGCUCGUCCUCGGCGGCCGCCUUGCACCGCCGGGUUUUUCCGCUCGCAGUUACUUCGGGGCUAUCCCGAUGGUUGGCACGGCCCCGCCGCCUUUAACUCGGAUUCCGGAUCCCCGGGCACUGCCCCCGACCCUCUUCCUCCCUCACUUCCUAGGGGGAGAUGGUCCCUGUUUGACGCCUCAGCCGCGCGCUCCAGCACCUUUGCCCAACUGCAGCCUCGCCACGGCGGGGGCCGUCCCUCGGGCAGCGCCAAAAAAGCGGCGAAAGAAGAAGGUGCGGACCAGCCCGGCGGGGCAGCUGCCCAGCCGCUUCCACCAGUACCAGCAGCACCGGCCGAGUUUGGAGGGCGGGCGGAGCCUCGCGACGGGCCGCAGCGGCGCGCAGGAGGUCCCGGGCCAGGCCGCCACCCUGGCCCUGGGUCCUGCCACCACAACCGAAACUGAAGGAGUGAGCCCCGUCCCUGGCCCGCUGCCGCCCGCAGCGCUCAGCCAACCCUCGUUCAGAAAAGAGGUUUUUAAAUCAAAGAUGGGAAAAUCGGAGAAAAUUGCCAUUCCUCACAGCCAGCUUGUUCACGGUAUACACUUAUGUGAACAACCAAAGAUAAACAGACAGAAAAGCAAAUACAACUUACCACUAACCAAGAUCACCUCCGCAAAAAGAAAUGAAAGUAAUUUUUGGCAUGAUUCUGUUUCAUCUGAUAUAAUUCAGAAGCAAGAAAAAAAGCCUUUUAAAAAUACUGAGAACAUUAAAAAUACACAUUUGAAGAAAUCAGCAUUUCCAGCUGAAAUGAACCAAAAGGAAAAUUAUGCUGGGGCAAAGUUUAGUGAUCCUCCUUCUCCUAGUGUUCUUCCAAAGCCUCCUAGUCAUUGGAUGGGCAGCACUGUUGAAAAUUCCAACCAAAAUAGGGAGAUGAUGGCAGUACACUUGAAAACUCUCUUGAAAGUUCAAACUUAGAUUUCAUAUUUCAGUAUGUAUGUAAAACAUAGUUUUUCCAAAAUCUCUGGAUGCUGUAAAAGAAAAUUGGAACAUAAAUGGAAAUUUGCCUUGUUGCAACACACAAGUGCAAGACAAAAAUGAGUUAAAAAAAGUUACAUCCCAACAGCUUGUAUUAUAUUUUAUAUUUUGUAAAUACUGUAUACCAUGUAUUAUGUGUAUAUUGUUCAUACAUGAGAGGUACAUUAUAGUUUUGUUAUGAAAGUAUGUAUUUUGUCCUGCCCAAAUGGUAGGUGUUUUGUAUAUAUAAAAUGGAGAAAUUUUAAGUGUGUCUAAAGCACAUGAAAUAUCGUUUAUUUGCACAAGGUACCGAGAGAUUUUUUUUCAAGAAACAGCUGUCUGAUCUCAAGGUGAAGCUAUAAAUGUGAACAGCACUACUGAAAUUUAAAUCUGUGGCACAAUCAUUAUAAACAUGGGGUUUGUCUAUGUUUCUCUAAAUUGAUUUUUGCCUUCUAAUCUAAUUACUGGAAAACUCCUGUUCCCAUAUUUACCAAACUUAAUUUCUGGUUUUUGAUUUACAUCCAUUAUUCAAAUUUAAAAUUCCUACAAAUUUUAAUGCCAACAAAAUCGGUUGUAAUCAAAUUUUAAAAUAAUAAUAAUUUGGCCCCCCCCUUUUAAACUAGUCUUGACUAUUUUUUGUGUGUGACUGUUUGUGUGACUAGGAGAUGGCUUUGUGUGAUUGAAUUUAACUUCCCAUUUUACUUGCUGAAUAUCUUUGACUUGGUAUUAAUUGUCUAUCCUUCCUAAUUUAGAAGGACUAGUAAUUUAUCACUACUACCUCCAAGGGCAGUAAUAACGCAUCUCAUAAAUGGAAAUGAUUGUGGACAAAAAUAGAGUUAAUUGGUUUAUUAUAUGCACUGUUUUUAUGAAGGUACCAUUUGACAACAUACUGUACCUUUUUCAGUGAAAGAAAAUGACACUUUAUAUUGAAUGGUAGUACUUAAAGCAAGUAUAACUGAUGUUAAAAUAGAUGGAAAUUUUUUAUAUUGAAGCUUUCUUUAAGAAUAUAACACCUUAUAUCUUUUCAAUUUAAAAGUCAGACUUUGUUCUUGUCAAAGUGGAAGGCCUAUUCCAACUCUGAAAUUCUAGAAUACAGCUCCCUAUACAAUUUUUAGUUAUACAAAGCUACAUUUUAUCUCAAAGUUUUUCUAAAUAAUCGGACAAUUUUAGACAUGUGAAAAGGUGUUAAAGAGGGUAUAUACCUGAUUCUCUUAAGGUGGAAUAAAUAGGUGAGAAAGAUAUUAACAUCCUCCUAAGAAAAAAUCAAGAGGCUAUACUUUCUUAUACCAUUUGGUUCACAGCAGGAGCGGAGGAAAGACACUAAAUUUUCUGGCUGUUACUUAAAAGUGAGUGUUGUGGGCACAGUUUUACUUAAAAUUACUCAAUUAACAAGCACUGCCAGGAGGAUAUGAUAACUUGUGUUAUGUAACUCAAAAUCUGUGAAAUAGUAAUAGAAGUAACUCUUGCAUAAGCAGCCCAUAAACUAUAUGGCACUGGCAUAAAAUAUGCUUUGUUCUUAUGUACUUAGCUAUACUUUACAUAAAUUGUAUACAUCUGGUUUUUUUUAAAAGCACAUUUAAGUAAAGUGCUUCUUAAACCAAUAAUGGAAAUAAUUUUAGGUGCACUUCUGACUUCGUAAAAGUUAGACUUUCUAAGAGUUAAAUAGAAUGGUUAAUGUUUUUAAAGGAAUGGCAUAAGAAGAAAGAUUAUUACAAAGUAAUAAUACUAUCUUUAGUAUGAAGGGUGAAUUGAGAAUUGAUUGAAUUAGACUUGCUAUAUUCACUGAAUUCAAUAGCUUUGGUGUUAUAGGAAAAUCAUACUAUCCAGUGGCCCUAUUAUUCAGCCACCUUUAUUUUUCUCCUAUUGGAGUCCUUUGAAAAUACAUUUCUCCUAGUGUUUGCAAAUUAUAUUUGUUUGGUUUUGUGGGUAUAUAAACCAAACGUUUGCAGUCACCGGCUUCAGGCCUCAAGUCAGUGGCUUGCUAAAGGGGGGAUGUAAUUACAAAGGGAUAAAUGUUUUGUAAGUGUAGAAUGUGAGUGGAAAAAAUUAUCAUAUGCAGUGGCACUUCACUAUAGCUCAAGUGUCAACUUGUUAGUAUUAGAUAAAUCUGUAGUUUGGUAAUGAGUUUAUUCAACCCACAAUUGAUUUCCUGACACCAUAGAAAGAGUUGCUAAAAGACCAAGUUAUAUUAAAAGGUUGACAAGGAACCAUUACUUAAGUUUUCAGGUGGUUCAUCAGUUAAAAUACAGAUUUAAGGUUUAUAAAUGAAAAGACUGGGAUGUAUUCAGUAAGUUAUCUUAAAUUUUUUUAACCAGACCAGCAUUUAGGUUUUUGAGCAAACUAGUAUAUAAUCAAUCCUUGCCUUCCGAUACUUUAACAUAAAGCUAGUUUGAAAAGCAAGUAUGCUGUACUAAUGGAGGACUUGGAUCCAUUCAUGCUACGCUAGAGGAAAAUGUGUGUGUGUGUGUGUGUGUGUGUGUUUAUUUCUUGCCUAAUAGGUGUGUGUGCGUGUGUGUGUAUUUUUUGGCCUAAUAGGUGAUUUCAAACUAUAUAAAAACAAAAAAACAGUACUUUCUUUUGUCCUUACCUGCUUUCUUUGUUGAAAAACAUUACUUAACUGGUAAUGUUGAGAAGGGACAAAAUCCAGGCCUCACAGCACCAGACCCUGGAAUGGACCUGAGAAUGAGGGCACAGCUGGCACAGAGCAAGAAUUAGAAUUGUGGGGUGCUGUGGUCAUGGUGGAUUGCCUAAACAUUAAUGUCCCCAUCUCUCCUGCCCACACGUAUUAAAGCAUUUAAAUAUCUGGGGCAAGGGGAAGGGUUAUCCUAGUUCACAGCCACCUGCCCUUGCCCGAUUCCUGGUUAUUUCAGAAACAGUGCUGGGAUAGAGGACCAUUAUUAAGUGGUCUACCAAGAAAUAUAUUUUUUAAAUAUAUAUUAAAUAUAUAUAUAUUCUUAUAUAUAUUCUUAAAUAUAUAUUCUUAAUUAGCCAAAUACAUAUUCUGUAUAAAUAUUAGCCAAAUAUAUAUAUUCAAGAAAUAUAUAUCCUUAAUUAGCCAAGAGACUACCAAGAAAUACAUAUAUUUGAGAUUAAAAAGGGCAAAGGCAGUUAAAAGGGCAGACAAAUUUUUGAGUGGGAAUGAUAACCAAUCAGGUCUGACAUCUUUCACAUAUCUAACAUUAGAUUUAAUAACAUUUUAAAUAACAUUUUACAUAUGUUUAUAAAAUCCUAACAGAAUAGAGUCUCUGCCUUUUGGGCGGUAAAACUGCAACUGCCUCUCCCCGCUUCGCUUGAUGUUUCUCAGUUCUUUUGUGUAAUUUUUGAGCAGCAUGUCUGCAAUUUAAUACAUGGAGGCUUAAUUGUAAGGUGUGUUCAGGAGACACAAGGAUAUUAAGAGUGUAUGUAGGUGGGGUGAGGAAAAAAUAAGACAUAGGUAUCUAAGAAACAGCUUCAUUCCCCUCCCCCACAAUAACAAAUCAAAAAGUCGAAUUUUACAGAAGGCAGUGACUUUUUUUGGUGAAUAGGGAUUGUCCCGUUGGGAAUCCGGCACGUGAGAAGCAGCAUUAUGGUGGGCCUUAAAAAAUGAGUAGCAUUUGAUCAGCAAAGAGGAGGAAAAUAACUUGGUAGUAAAAGUCUGAGUAAAGAGUGGUGUGAAAAGAUGUGCAAUAUCAAGAUAACAGUGCAAGGAAGAAGGAAGAGUCAGUGUAUUGAAACGUGUAUUGGGAUUAGAACAUGAAGAGGUUUGACUGUCAUGCUGAGGACUUUCAACUUCAUUAUAAAAGUAUGGCAGAGUCACCAAAGGUUCAUGAGCAGGAGGAUGAGAUAACUUUAAAAAAGAAAACCGGUGGAAAUACGGAGAGCAGCUUGAGAAAGGGGAAACUUGAGACAUGAAGAUCACUUUAAGGAAGAUACUUCAGUAGAAGAGAGAGAAGAGCCUAAAGGACAUUGUCAGAAUAUAAAGGCAUGGAUGCAUUUGGGGAAUGUAUUGGAGGUGGAAUGGAUAAGCCUUGGGCAUCUGAAUGGAGGGUGAGGAAAGGUUUUUAACUUGGGCAAUUAAGGGGAUAAAACUAGCAACUAGGGAACUUGAGGGGGGUCAAAAUUAUAGAGGAAGGUAAUUUGGAUAUGAAGCAUUAACAUUUUCUUUUUAUUAGAGAUUUGUGGGUCAACAAAAAAAUCAUGCGUAGAAUACAGGGUUCCCAUAUACCACCCUAUUAUAAAAACUUUGCAUUGAUAUGGUACUUUUAUUACAAUUAAUGACAUUUUUAUAGUAGUCUUAUUGACUCUACAGUA